AUGAUCCUGACACUGUCGGCGUGGAGUGAGGACAGUACUAUCACCGUCCUCAGGGCGAGACCAAGGGCGGGCGUUUCUGGUUUCCUCGAAUGGAACCCAUCGCGGCCGUGGAUGAGGCAAUGGGCGGUCCUGGGACCAGGAGUUGGAGUGGCGGCAAGGAAGCCGCAAGAGUUGAAAGGCACGCCAGCAAGCAAGAAAGGCAAAGAGGAACUGAAGAAUGGCAAACGAAACAGCGAAGGAAAUGACAGAGGCGAAUGGUGA